GCUUUGUGUAACCCGGAAGUUUAAAAUAACCAUUGCGGAAGUUGGUCGCUUUUCGGCUCAAUGUGACUUUAUCGAAACAAUUGAGGAAAACAGUGCGAUAAAAAUGUUUCUUACAGCAGUCAACCUCGCCAAGAGCAAGUCUAAGACUGUUUUAGUGCAGAUGAUGAGUGCUGCAGGGACCGGUUACUGUUUCAACACCAAGAGAGGAAGACUCAGAGAAAAGCUGGUUUUGCGCAAACACGACCCUAUAGUGAACAAGCACGUCCUGUUUCUUGAGAAGAAGAAGAUCCGCUCUCUUUAAACGCACUCGGAAAUUUUCGCUGGAUGAAUUUCAAGCUUUUGUAUGUAACCACGCACUAUUUCAAGAAGCAGGUAUGAGUAAGAACACUGAUCUUCAAUGAACGUAAAGAUCAAGACGAUAUGAAGCACGACGACACACAACAGCGGAUCCAGACGUCCUGAAAUCAUUCCACAACAUGAUGGAUUGAGAAAUGUACUGGAAAGCAAUACUGCAGCAGCUGAGCGUUUAGGGAAGUGUGUAGAUGUUUUUAUCAGAAUGACCCAAAAUAAAAUUGACAUUAAUCUUUUUUU